AUGUGGGAUGUGGGACUCGGUCUGGUCUGGGACCCUGGGUUGUCAGGCCCUAACUUCCACGUUGGGAGCUUCCGUCUCCCCUGGUCCGGCAUCGCGUCCAAGUGCAUCUUCCUAACAGGCCCCCAAGCCCCUCCACCGGUUUCCCUCCCCAUAAAUGGCCGUUCCCCGCGGCUGUAGCCCAUGACAUCUCUCCUUCUCUCUCUUUCUUUCUCCAUGGAACGGACGGCGAUCGUCACCGUCUCCACGUUCCGCCGGUUCCGCUGUCCGUCUCGCUGCUCCGAUUGCUGUUCUUCUUGUUGCUGUUGUUGUUUAUGCGGUUCGUUGAAUCCGAAGUUCUAAAUCGGAGGAAGGGAGAAGAGAAAUCUUGCGAUUUCGUUUGAGAAUUUUUUUGUCCUUUUAUUGAGAUUGGGGGUGUUAGGGAUGGAUGCCUCGGAGUCGCAGUCGAACCUGUCGCUAGGGUUUGAGCAGCCCAGCCCCAGGCGUACGCCGGUGACGGAUGAAUCCAUAUCUCUGCAGCUAGAUUGCGUGAGCGCGUCCGAUUGCGCCAACUCUCGCCGGAUCCCUCUCCAAUUGCUUGACCAGCGUGAGCAGACCGAGAGCGAUGCCGAUUCAGACCAGGACCGUGAGAGGGUGGAAUUCAGCAUCCUUGGGCAUCCGAUGUGCCUGAAGCGCCGCAGGGAGGGCGAGCCUUCUUCCCCGCACUCGCGGCCUCCGGCCUUGAGGCGGCCGGGUUCCGGGUGCUCUAGCUCGGGAUCCACGAGCAGGCUCGGCGGUGUGCAUAUGGAGGCCAGGCGGGCGGCCGUCAGGGCGUGGGCGAACCAACCGUUAGCUGUUGCGGAUCCGGAAGUGUGGGAGUUCAUGGAGAGGGAGAAGCAGCGGCAAUUCAAGGGGAUCGAGCUCAUCGCCUCGGAGAAUUUCGUAUGCAGGGGCGUGCUAGAGGCGCUUGGGAGCCACCUGACCAAUAAGUAUUCGGAAGGUUUGCCGGGUGCGAGGUACUACGUCGGCAACCAAUUGAUCGACAAGAUUGAGUUGCUCUGCCAUGAGCGUGCAUUAACAGCGUUUCAUCUGGAUCCUGAGAAGUGGGGGGUAAAUGUCCAGUCGUAUUCUUGCACCUCCGCAAAUUUCGCAGUUUACACAGGCCUUCUUCUUCCCAAGGACCGGAUUAUGGGAUUGGAUUCGCCUUCCGGUGGGCAUCUGAGUCAUGGUUACUAUACACCGAGCGGGAAGAAGGUUUCAGGAGCAUCGAUCUUCUUCGAGAGCCUUCCCUAUAAGGUAAACCCACACACAGGUUACAUAGACUAUGAGAAAUUGGAAGAGAAGGCGCUUGAUUAUCGUCCCAAGAUACUGAUAUGUGGUGGAAGCUCGUACCCUCGAGAAUGGGAUUAUGCACGUUUCCGCCAAAUCGCUGAUAAAUGUGGAGCCGUGUUGAUGUGCGACAUGGCCCAUAUUAGUGGACUUGUGGCUGCCCAGGAGUGCUCAAGUCCAUUUGAUUACUGUGACAUUGUCACUUCAACAACUCACAAGAGCCUCAGAGGCCCACGAGGAGGAAUAAUUUUUUAUCGAAAGGGCUUGAAACCCAGAAAACGAGCAUCUUGUCCUUUUCAAGCAGAUGAAAACGAGCAAUAUGAUUUUGAGGAGAGGAUCAACUUUGCUGUAUUUCCAUCACUACAAGGUGGACCUCAUAACAACCACAUUGCCGCUCUUGCAGUAUCCUUAAAGCAGGUUGCUAGCCCUGAGUACAAAGCUUACAUGCACCAAGUGAAGAGAAAUGCUCAAGCUCUAGCAGCUGCUUUACUUAGAAGAAAAUGCAGGCUUGUUACUGGAGGCACAGACAAUCAUUUGAUUUUGUGGGAUUUAAGGCCUCUAAGUCUUACAGGUAAAAACUAUGAAAAGGUUUGUGAAAUCUGCCAUAUUAGCCUGAACAAAAGCGCUAUAUUUGGCGACAAUGGUGCUGUCUCCCCUGGUGGUGUAAGAAUUGGAACCCCCGCGAUGACGUCAAGGGGCUGUUUGGAGGGUGACUUUGAGACGAUUGCUGAGUUUCUUCUCAAGGCAGCACAGAUCGCCAUUGCCGUGCAAAGGGAGCACGGGAAAUUGCAGAAGGAGUUCCUGAAGGGAUUGCAGAACAACAAGGAUGUUCUUGACCUUAGGGUUCGUGUAGAAAAUUUUGCAGCACAGUUUGCUCUACCCGCCUUUGACAUGUGAAGUUGAGGCGAUUUCGCCAACAGCUUGUGAAAGAUCGUAGUCGGGAGUACGAUAUGGGGAGUCGUUGGAAUCGCCUGCCUGUGGAGCUCCUCCUCUUUGAUGUGUUUAUUGUAUAUAAGUGAAAAGAUAAAUGUCACAUUUGAUUAUUGCUUUGAGUAUGACAGUCAUGAUUUAUUA